AAUUUAACAUCAGGACUACUGCAGACCUUACUGUUUGUCGUAAAGGAAAAUGAUCACAAACUUGCCCAAAAAAUUAUUUCUAAAUUACUGGAUGAAUGUUUUACACUCAGGAAGGAUGCAGAAGUUCAGAUAAAAAACAGUGAAUAUAAAUCAAGUACUCCAGAUGUACAGAACACGUUACCUGUGUUUCAAGAUGUAGCAGCUGUACAUCUCUUAGAGGCAGCAAUAACAAAUGCAUCACCCAAAAAAUUCACGCAGAUAUAUGCAAAAUGUUUCAUCAACCAUUUGGCACCCUUGUCACAACACCCAAUAGCAAAUUUUUCAGUGCAGAAGUUAUUGGAUUGCUGUACAGAGAGGACUGAAUUUGAAGGAAUGUUUAGUGAGCUGGAAGAACCUAUUGAAGAAAUCUUGAAAAGUCAUAAUACUGGAGUACUUCUAAGCCUUGCCCAAGCUUGCAAGCGGCAUUCAACUAAACAAGGAAACUUUCAAAAAUUGUUAAUGAAAGCAUUACAUUGUAUAGAGCCUAAAGAGAGACAGUCACUCAUGUCUCCACUUACCUUAAGUCUUGUCACCUAUGAAGAGCAAAUUACUUCUAACAAGUUGUUCAUUCACCUCCAUGGAUCUUUAAUACUUCAGACAUUGCUCAACUUUAAUAAACCAAUUCAGGCUGUAAAUAGUCUUUUGGACAUGAACACUGGUGAUCUCAAAACAAUGUUAACUGAUCCAAAAGGAUGUCAUGUAAUGGAUGCAUUUAUGAAGAGUGAAUUUGUUGGUGAAAAAAGUAGAGACAGAAUUAUUAAGAAACUCCAGGGACUGUAUGUGGUAGUGGCUUGCACAAAACAUGGAUCACGCAGUGUGGAUGCAAUCUGGGAUGUGGCAAGUCUGAAACAGAAGUUUCUAAUCAUGGAUGAACUCUCCCCUAAAGAACCAGUCUUGAAUAGUAACCAGUACGGCAGCAUUCUAGCCAGUAAAUACUGCCUGUCACUUUAUAAGCAUCGACAAGAUGAAUGGAAAGAUUUGCAAGGAAAGGAAUUCCGCAAAAAGAAGCUGUUUGCAAAUAUUAUUGAAGAUUUUGGGAAAUCUAGCUGAAAUGUGAUCUGAUAUCAUACCAUUUUCAAAACAUAAAAGACCUUUUUGCAUCUGAAUUUAUGUAGUGUUGUCUUAAUGUGGCAGCUUAACAGUGGCAAACAUCAUUCUGUUAUGUGAAGAUGCAUACUAUGUUAAGGAUUUUAUAUUUGACAUUGUCACUUUCUUCUGUAUCAUGUGGUGAUUUAAAUUUGAUUUAGAAUCAUGUCUGUACAGAUUAUAUGUACUUACUGGUAAUAAGAUGGCAUUUGGAAAUAGUUA